AUGUCAGCGACCUUGACGCCCUUUCUGUUCCAGACACGGACGUUGGCCCGGUUCGCAAGAGCCGGGUCUGUAGCGCCGCCUCGUCUCGCCCGGUCACUGCGUAUCGGCACAGGUCGUCGACGCGGAACAUCCGACCACGACCCAAUCCCCUUCGAACUUCCCCCGGAACUCGAGAACCCGGACACGCUUCGACGCGCAGAGCCACUGGAUACGGGUACGAUCACGCCCGUCGAGCGUCAAGCCUUUGACAAGAUAUUCAAGGAAAUCAACGAGAAGGGGAAGAGCCUGCCCAUUGUCCCGCCAAAGCGAGAAGACACGCCGGACCUUGCACAAACGGAGCCGAGCUUUCUCAAGGCUCUCUACGAUGGCGGGCCGUUCAACAUCAGCGCGAUAAUACAGGAUGCCGCCGAGAGGCAGACCGAAGCCAAGGCCUCAACCAGCGGGUUCGACCCUCUGUCCCCGCUAGAGUCGACGUUCUCAGCUGCCGAUCGAGAGCGGGCACUGUUGAAAUUUCCACCAAGCCUCAGACGAGGGGCCAGGACAGCGUUUGGCAUGUUGGACUCCGCUAGGGAUGUUUCCGUCACCACGGAAGGUGGUGCUAAGGAAGAGUUGGGUCUCGGAAAUUCGCAGGUAGAUGCAGUAGAGGCUGUUGAGUCGUCCGAUAGGCUGUCCAAGACACUAGAGGUGGAAGCAUUACGCCGGGAGGCGAGACUCACAAUCAAGGCCACGAUGGAACAGGCCGAGAAUGACUUUGCACUCUGGGACGUGGUGGAAAAGGAGGUCUUCCCCUUGGUCAAGAGGCUUGGGAUCUCCAACACUCAGAGUCAGCCGGAGCCAUCGCCGAAAGGGAAGAAGGCGAAGCUUGUCAAAAAGAAGAAGGCGGUUGCAAAUGGAGAAGAGAGUCCUGCUUCUACAGAGGCGGCGGCGCAGGCGCCUGCCAAGGCUGAGCUCAGCAUGGAUAUCUACGGGCCGAUCUACCCCAUGCUCCUCCUCGACGCUCUGCACCUGCUCGACAAAAAGUUCUCCAGGCCCUCACCCCUGGUCUUCUCCCUCCUGCCACGAAUCAAACAGCUCGGCCUGGCGUCGUACGUGCUUGGCGUCAGUACACCGUUCUACAACAAGUUGAUCAGCGUUUUGUGGGAGCGAUUUGGUGAUGCGGGCGGUGCCCUGUCGCUCCUUGAGGAGAUGCGACAUGCCGGUCUGUCUUUUGAUGAGGAAACCAAGUCCGUUGUGCAUCAAAUCGAGCGGGUGCUCUUUUCCGCGGAGAGAGGGGACAACGGGCAGUUUCUCAAGAAACUAAUGGACAUGCCCGAAUACGAACCUAUCCUGGCCAUGAGGUUGUCACAUUGGGUGGGACAGAUUGAUAGGAGUAUUAACGAACGCAACAGCGCGUUCAGCACCAACGCCAUUCCAAAGUGUCGCUUCGAAAUAACGUACUGCGGCACGAUUCCAGCCGGCGUGAACAAAGAAAAGGCAGUAGCGGUCAUGCACGACCACGACGGCUACUUCCGCGCAGCGGAACACUACCGGGAGCACAAGGAGCUACCCGACGACAGCGGCUCCGACCACAAAGUGCCGUCGGCGAUUCAGGCCCGCAGCGCAGGGUCCUCACCCGAGGUCAAGAUCUACUCUGUGCGCAAUGAGGUGCCCAACCCCGUCUUCAGCUCCAAGGUGGACACGAAAUACGAGGUUGUGGAUCUGGCGGACGGGAUAUGGUACCGCGCUACAUCGGCGAUGGGGGUUGUCAAUGAAGGACUGUGGACCGUCGAGGAAGGGUCUGAUGGGCUGCAAUUGUCUGUGAGCAUCCAGGUUGAGUGCAAUGUCGCGCUGAAGGGACUUGUUAAGGGCCAGGUUCAGUCUGGUGCUGAACAGAUCCACAAGAACCUCCUUGCGAUCAUGCAAAAGUAG